AUGAAUCACAACAACUAUAACACUGGAGCUCCUGCCAAGGCUCCCAUUUCCACCCGCAUCGAGUCUCAUAUCCCUGGCACUCAGGCUCACCGCGAGCGUAAACUGAUGGAGCACGAAGAGGGUGCCGCGAUGCGCUACGGCAACACUCAGCCCGCCACCACUGGCGCAACCGCUGGGGGCAUGAACACUGCUCAACCCGCCACGAACAUGGGAGGUACCUACGGUACUGGACCCACUGUAGGCGGUGGACAGCACACGCACACCCAUGGUGCCACAAUGAGCGACAGGGUUAACGAACUCCAUGGUCACGGCCCUCAGACGGCCAAUACGGCUAAACCACAUGCUGGAGACAAGGUCAUGGGCAAGAUGGAGGCCGCUAUGGGACGUGCUACCAAUGAUCCUGCUCGUGAGCAGGCCGGUUGGGAACGCCAGACAUACGGUGACCCAAAGCACCGCACCAAUUUUGGACAGAACCAACCUAUGGCACAGCCCGGUGUCGGGCAUAAUCAGCCUAUGACGCACCCUGGUGUUGGACACAACCAACCUGGCUUCGCUCAGCAAGGCUACGGCCCUACAGGCCAGCCCGCCCAACAGGCAUAUACGGGCCCUCAAGCCGGCUACGCAGCACCUAAUCAACCACCCACGUAUUAA